AUGAAUAUAGUUAUAACCACAGGUGGGCCAUCUUCAAAACUCACUGUUAUUGUCUUCUUAUCCAACGGCCCAGAUUUCACAGCUAUGAUGAAACCGCGUCCACUCACCAUCCGCUUCAGCCUCAAACAUAUAUAUACCCCCCAUUGCACCAACUUCACCCCAGCAAAACACCACUCUCCGUUUCCCUCUCUCUCUCUAAAUCACUCACAAUCGCUCGCUAUAUUGAAAGCUAUGGAAUCAAUGAACAGUUGGAUGUGGAUGAGGACGAUUCUGAUAUCAGCUGGAGUGUUAUCCGCAGCUAUUGCGCUGAAGUUUUCGAUUCCGGCCGCCGUCGACGGAUUUCCGGCGUUUUGGUCGGUCGCUUUGUCGUGGAUGAAGCCUCCGUAUUUGUACAUAAUCAUCAACGGCAUCAUCAUCACCAUCGUCGCGUCGUCUCACUUCAACCAGAGCAACGCCGAGCCUGCGGCGGCUCGAUCUGAUCACUUGAUCUCGGCCGUAACGCCUCCGGCCGAGAUUUUUCAACCGAUUUCGGCUCCGGAGAAUGUCGACGCAGAUGACGUGCCGGAAACGGCGCCGGAGGAGGUUGUGGUAUCGGCGUUUGAAGAGGAUUUGAAACCGGUGGUGGUGAACGGUUUCAAGGUUGAUUUCGCGACGGAAGUAGACGAUCUACGCGUGAUUCGCGCGGAGGCUGAAGAUGAGUUCGAUGAAUCGGCUUUGCCUUACACUCCGCCGUUGCGCGAGAGUUUUUCGCCGGAAGUUCAAUUCGAAUCGCUAUUUCCGGUGAGGGAGAAACCGCUCGCUUCUUCCAGAUUCGUGCACCGAAAGCCGAGUAGAACUCCUCCUGAAGGUGCGAGGGCGCUGCGGCGCGUUACCCGGCCGAAGAAGCAGGAGACGCUGGAGAGCACGUGGAAGAUGAUAACCGAGGGGCGUCACGUGCCGCUCACGAGACACCUGAAGAAAUCCGACACGUUUGAGCAGCACGCGUCGCCCGCCAUGGAUCACGUCGCCGUCGUGCCAAAGUCGGAGACGUUCAAGGAUCGCACCAACAACGACGCGCCUCCGCCGCCGCCUCGGAUCAAGAAAGAGCCGUCGCCGGGGCAGGACGAGCUGAAUCGGAGAGUGGAGGCGUUCAUCAAUAAGAUGAAUGAAGAUAUGAGGAUGCAGCGGCAGGAAUCGCUACAGCAAUUCCAUGAGAUGAUCAAUCGUGGAGUAUAGUCUCACCUCCAAUCAGAUUCGCAUUUGCUUUUUUUUCUCUCUUUUUGCUUUCUUCUUUUCGAAAAAAGAAUCACGAUUAGAAGAAUAUCAUUUUCAAUUGUGAUUCGAGUUUUUGAUACAUUUAGAAGAUAGAAUGAAAUUUGUUGGUUAGAGAAGUUUACAGUUUAACAGAAAGGUUUAUGUAUGUAUAAUAUUUUAUUUCAUUGUGUAAAAUGUAAAUUAAUGAAUUUGUUGUAGUGUUUUUGCAAUUCAA